ACAGAGAGGAAAGCCACACCGAAACUGAUCUCCACCAAAUCCCCACCGAACGGCGGCAGCGCCCCGAUCGCUGAUGAAAUGGCGCCGCGUCGCCCUCCCAAGAAGCGCCGGAUUCGUGAUGCCACGGCCGUGCCGGCGGCGGCGUCCGACGCCCUGCUGUCUCUGCCCCCUGAGGUACUCGACGAGAUCCUCGGCCGCCUUGACCUCAGCGACGCCGUCCGCACCUGCGCGCUCUGCCGCGCCUGGCGCCACCGCUGGGAGUCGCUCCCCUCCAUCGACAUCUACACCCCCAUCGGCCAGCAGUCGCUCUGGACUGUCGACUGCGUCCUCCCCCGCUUCUCCGGCCGUGUUCGGCGCUUCGACGUCUCCCUCGACGAGCUCUCCACCCGCCGCCUAGACGAUUGGCUCCUCGUCCUCUCCCGCCGUGGCGGCGUAGAGGAUCUCGAACUAAGUCCUCCGUGCCCCUAUAAGUUCUUCUCCCUUCAUUCCACCGUCUUCUCUUGGCGCCGCCUCAUCUCCAUCGACCUCUUCGCCUGCCACAUACCGCCGCUACCCCCGGACUUCGAGGGGUUUCCGAACCUUAAAGUGCUAAGCCUUGCCAAUGUGAAGUUACAGCAGAACGGGGAGUAUCAACUGGAGGAGAUCAUUGAGACAUCCCCAUUGCUCGAGCAGCUGAUACUAUGCGAAGUCUGCAUAGUUGGGGAUGACUUCAUAGAAUGGGAAAUCCGGGCAACCAAUCUGCGGCACAUAACAGUAUGCUCAAAUAUCGAUUAUGGCUGGAAUUUUGCAGAGCUGCAAUGCCUGAACUCUGCUGUCAUUGAUUUGUGGGAGUAUGUUGGUAACCGAGAUUUCGCCAAGUUUCUUGCUGGGCUAGUUCAAGUUAGGAAGCUUAGCCUCUGCUCGUUUUAUGCACCGGUAAAUGGGAUUAAGAUACUGGAGACACUUCCAUGCACCUUUGACAACUUGAAGAGCUUGAAACUGUUCAUGCACUUCUGUGAACUGCCCCCCAUUUUGUUAGUGUUUUGCUUCCUAAGGAGCACUCCGAACCUUGAAAAACUUAAAAUACGGAUUUAUGAUGGCAAAGAGCAGAAAAUUGAGGCAAAUGGGGAGUUGCUAAAUGCACAGUGGACUGAUGGCAUGUGUGCCAAUCUUCAGAUUCUGGAGAUGACCGUAACAUGCGGAAGAGCCUCAGCUCAAGCUCAGAUUCUGUUUCAAGGUGCGGCAGGAAGCUAUUAGAUGGGGAGCAUCUUCUGAGCAUUAAUAGAAUGUGUGGAAUUGGUGCACUUGAAUGAGCCGGUGGUCCCAUUUUUUGUUUGAAGUGGUCUUUUGAGGCCAGAAUGUCAGAUAGCAAAGACACAGAAAAUGACUCAUCCAAGGAGUUGUCGUAGUUUUCGUCUUCUAUUCCAGAAGGAAUUGACGUUCUAUCAGUAGUUUGCUAAGGAUUGACGCUCAUGUUUUGUAUGAGAUUACAGACAGUUUUCUGCAUUUGUAGUAAUAUACUCUUACAGACUUGGCCUGAGUAGGCGAGGUA